AUGGCGGACACCGACUUUUCCAACGAACCCAACUUUUUCCUCGGCGAUCUCGGAGGCGACGACGGCUUUGGUGGCUCUCUGGGAACUGAUACCCUGGGGUAUUUUGCUCAGGACCUGGCAGAUCUUCUUCCUCAGAAUGGAAUGACGGACUCGAAUCUUCCGACGGCUCCGACGACACAAACCGCGGCGCCUUCCAUUGAGAGCACCACCAACGACUUCACACAGCAGCAGCCAGCCAACCCCAGUCUGCCCACCCCAAGCACUCAGACUGCGACUCAGUAUCCUCACAAAUUUGGCAGUCCUGUCGAGAGCGAGAAAACCACCUCGCCAGAGGACAACGAAACCAAGCAGCGACGACGCCGGAAACCGCUCAACUGUCAGUUCUGCCGACAACGCAAGCUCAAAUGCGAUCGACAAGAUCCUUGCUCAACCUGUGUCAAGAAGAAACGGGGACACAUGUGUUUCUACACCAACAAAACUAACACCAUUGGAGGACGAGUAGCCAAGAGCAAAGACCUGCUGGAAAAUGGAUUGGACGCGCAACAAACGCCCGCAAAGCCUGUUACCGCAGAAAACACGAUCAUCAGUGGAGGACAGCGACUUGGUAUUCCCGUCACGGUGGACAUGUAUAAGGACCAGGCGUUUGCUCAGAAGAUGGAAAAGUCCGGACUCAACGAAACCAUUUCCAAGCUUAACAUGGACCUGGUGGAGGACACUUCAGAAGUGGAGUCUCUGAGACAGUCUCUGGGAAUGAUGAAACUCGGAAGUCGAGGAAAUGCCAUCUACCAUGGAGAAUCGCAUUGGGGAUCUCUGUUCUCUGAGGCCGCCGAGGUGACAGACUUUUUCGAUGAGGUUAGAAAACAGGACGGAUGGUCAACUUCGUGUGUUGACCCAGCGACUCAAAGACAUAAGAAGAACCUCAGUGCACUGAGUGCAGCUGAACAGGAAGGAUCCAAUCGACUGGCUCAAAUCCUACAGUUGCUUCCAGCUCGACCAAACAGCGACAAACUCGUCAAGCGAUACUUUGAGGCCUGUGAACCUCUUCUCAACAUUAUUGACGAAGAAGCGUUCAUGGUGGACUACAACCAAUUCUGGGAAACUCCAGAAGAUACCCAGAUUCUGUGGCUGGGACUACUGUUGGGUGUGCUGUCUUUGGCUCUGCAGUCUUCUUUGGAUUACCGAUUGGAUGAUGCUGCUCUCCAGAGACUCACUACAGCAUGGACAGAGUGGCUCAAGGGCAUUGAUCAUUGCCUUGAACAGGCUAUGGUGUGUGUGCGAGCAUCCAUGGUCAACAUUCAGGCUCUUGUUCUUUGGGUGUGCGUCCAGUCUAUGGGUAACUCGGAGGCUGAGUUCGCAGAUGUGUCUUGGACGACAUUUGGAGCACUGGUUCGUGUGGCUCAAUCUAUGGGUCUACAUCGAGAUCCAGCAUGGUUCCGAAUGACGAGCGAACAUCAGGAAAAGCGACGAGGAGUAUGGGCUUUGAUAACUGCCAUGGAUGUGCAUUAUUCUCUCGUGGAAGGUCUUCCCCAGGCGAUCCACAAGGACUCUACAGACGUCCGACCUCCUCUUGGUGGCAGUGCGUUCCUCAAGGCCCGAGGAAUCAUCCACCAGAUCUUCAUGCAAAACUACAGCAUAGCCAGUGUUCGAACCAUGCCAUACGAUCAGGUCUUGCUUCUCGGGGCUAAGAUUAAAAAGGUGUAUGAACAGAACAAGGAGGGAGUUCUUACAGACACUGAAGACAGCACGCUGAACAUCAUGAAGGGCCUGAUUUUCGAAAUCGACCAUCUCAAGAUGAUCAUUGCCAUUCAUCGAGUGUUUGCUUCUCAGGGAUUACGAUCUCCUCGAUACAGAAAGUCCCGCGAGGAGUGUGUCACCGCAUCCCUCCGAAUCUUGCAGCUUUCUGUCUGGUUCUUCACAGCUGGAACCACCGAAAAGGCGCGGUGUCUAUAUCGAUGGUUCUUCUCCGCCUUCAUCUUUCCCACGGUCAUCCAUUCUCACCUGUUUGUGACCAUCUCCCUCAUUCGGAACAUUCACAAUUUGGAGUACACGGAGCGAGAAAAGCAAAAGGCUGUUCUUUUGGACUCCAUUUCCGUCAUGGCGAACCAGGCCAAGAUCCAUCUCAAGCUCGAGAAGCAGUUCCAAGUGUGCCAGAUGCUAUACAAAAAGGUUCUCAAUGUCGAGAACGAGCCUCCCAAGGCCGACACAAAGGACGCUUCCCCCACUGAUGCUCCUUCUGUGGGCUCUACUAACGGCUCGUCUCCCUACUCUCACACUACGGCUUCUCCCUAUGCGGCCGCUAACCAGAACACUGUCUUUUUGGAUCUGGAUCAGUACCCGAGUCAGGUCUUUGAUCUGCCUCCCGAUAUGCGAAUGGUUCCCGAUGCCACGCCCAGUGUGCCCAACAAGGACUACGCUAUUCCCCAAAAGUUCGACUCCGAGUGGGACGAUCUCAUGCACAUGAUUGAUCAACCUGGUCCGGUUUAG